GCAUGGGGCUCAGUACGUUUUGCAUCAAGCUAUCAGAUACUUCCGAGACUAUCAACACUUCCAAAAUAUAAAAACUAAACAGAAAAAUGCCAGUGUUUCCAUCAAAAUCGACAGCCAUCUCAGAUCUAGUGCUAGCAUGUUCGUGCAUCUGGUCGCUCUAUUCGAUUUACGGGGGUAUGCCCAGCAUCGGAUUGAAAGCUCGCGAUGGCGGCAUGGCCUCCAAUAAUUUGGCCAGCGUUUGGUUUGCCCUAACUCUGGCCGCAUCACUGCUAGGCGCCUUCCGUUUCCUGAAAAGGCAGUUCUUUGAUCGCUUGGCGCCCAUUCACGAUCUGUUGUCCUGGUUGGUGCUAGUCAUCGGGCUUCCUUGCUUGGCUUCUCAAUUUUACAUGAACGCCGGCCUACCAGUUCUGGGAAACCUGCACCUGCUGCUCAUUUUACCACCUAUUCUCUCUUGGCUCGGCAAAGAUCAUUUGCUGGGUACUUUCAUUUCCAGAGCGGAGACUAACAAAGUGACCGGUUACCUGGCCUUAGCCUCCAUGUUCUCCAUGACCGGAUGCGCCGUCUACAGCCGCAAUUACUAUCAGCUAUUGGCUUGUCUUUUGAUGUUCUCUUCGUCACGAGCGUUUGACCUCACGGAGAAAAAGAGGCUAGGCCUACCACCUGUUGAUUGGCUCCAUUACGGAUUAGCCGCUUCCAAUUUCUUGCUAGUCGCUGGACUCUGUCGCACCGAUCUGCCCGGCGUUGACAAAUUGAGGCACUGGACAGGAAAUGCCAUGUCAUCCAUGUUUUCUUAA